CGCGCCCCUCCCCUGGCGCUCGCGCUGCCUGUGCCCGGGAAGCAGCGGCUGCUCGCUGCUGACUGGGGGACCCGCGCGGACGCGGGGGCGGCGGGAGCGCGGACGGCAUAGCUGCCCUGGAGUUGCCGAGGGGACCCCGGCCUGCGCGCAUCCAAGUGAGAGCUGCACCCCGUCAGCCCCAGCUCUGGUAGCCUCCCCGCCUGCGCCCCACGGCACGGCACGCGCCGUACAGCCAUGAACACCAACGACGCCAAGGAGUACCUGGCCCGGAGGGACAUUCCUCAGCUUUUCGAGAGCCUUUUGAAUGGCUUGAUGUGUUCCAAGCCGGAAGACCCCAUAGAGUACUUGGAAAGUUGUUUACAGAAAGUCAAGGAGCUAGGAGGCUGUGAGAAGGUGAAGUGGGACACAUUCGUCAGCCAGGAGAAGAAGACAUUACCGCCGCUGAACGGAGGACAGUCUCGGAGAUCCUUCCUCAGAAAUGUAAUGCCUGAAAAUUCCAACUUCCCUUAUCGACGUUAUGACCGGCUCCCUCCCAUCCACCAGUUUUCCAUAGAGAGCGACACGGACCUGUCUGAGACGGCAGAGCUGAUAGAGGAGUAUGAGGUCUUUGACCCAACGAGGCCUCGACCCAAGAUCAUUCUCGUCAUAGGUGGCCCAGGAAGCGGAAAGGGGACUCAGAGUUUGAAGAUCGCCGAGCGGUACGGAUUCCAGUACAUUUCAGUGGGAGAAUUACUGAGGAAGAAAAUCCACAGCGCCAGCAGCAACAGAAAAUGGAGUCUGAUCGCCAAGAUAAUCACCAACGGGGAGCUGGCCCCACAGGAGACAACAAUCACAGAGAUAAAACAGAAACUGAUGCAGAUACCCGACGAAGAAGGCAUUGUCAUUGAUGGCUUCCCAAGAGAUGUUGCCCAGGCCCUGUCCUUUGAGGACCAGAUCUGCACCCCUGACCUGGUGGUCUUCCUGGCCUGUGCCAGCCAGAGGCUCAGGGAGAGAUUAGCGAAGCGUGCAGAGCAACAGGGACGGCCUGAUGACAACCUGAAAGCCACCCAGAGAAGACUAGGAAACUUCAAGCAGAACGCCGCCCCACUGGUGAAAUACUUCCAGGAGAAAGGACUCAUCGUGACUUUUGAUGCUGACCGCGAUGAGGAUGCCGUGUUCUAUGACAUCAGCGUGGCAGUCGACAACAAGUUAUUUCCAAACAAAGAGGCUGCAACAGAUUCAAGCGACCUUGACCCUUCGAUGAUGUUUGACCCUGGAGAGAUUGUUGACACGGGAUCAGAUUAUGAAGACCAGGGCGAUGAUGAACUAAAUGUGUUUGGAGAGGACACCGCAGGAGGCUUAAUGGAGGAUUUGAGGAAAUGUAAAAUUAUCUUCCUGAUGGGUGGCCCCGGCUCCGGCAAAGGCACCCAGUGUGAGAAACUGGCAGAAAAAUACGGAUUCACUCAGCUCUCUACUGGUGAGCUCCUGCGCCAGGAACUGGCCUCAGAGUCAGAAAGAAGCAGACUGAUCCGCGACGUCAUGGAGCGUGGAGACCUGGUGCCCUCGGGUAUCAUCCUGGAGCUGCUGAAGGAGGCCAUGGUGGCCAGCCUGGGAAACACCAAGGGCUUCCUGAUUGACGGCUACCCGCGGGAAGUGAAACAGGGGGAAGAGUUUGGAAGAAGGAUUGGAGAGCCACACUUGGUGAUCUGCAUGGACUGCUCGGCGGACACCAUGACCAACCGCCUCCUGCAGAGAAGCCAGAGCAGCCAGCGAGGGGAGGACACUGCCAGGACCAUUGCCAAGCGCCUGGAGGCCUACCACCGAGCAUCCAUCCCCGUCAUCGCCUACUACGAGACAAAGACACAGCUAUGGAAGGUGAGGCUCGUCUUCACAUGGGCCGCGCGCUCGUUCCUUUGCAGGCAGCUGCAGGAGUGAGAACAAAACAGGAAUUGCUUUCUUCCCUUGCUCUUGUCUUGAUCGGAGGUGAAUAUGAACAGAAGAGGGCGCUGACCAUGGUAGUGCACCGUUUUAAUCCCACCACCCAGGAGGCAGGGGUAGGCGGGUCUCUGUGAAUCUGGCCAGCCUGGUCUACAAGGCAAAUUCCAGACUAGCCAGAGUCAUAUAAGGAAAACUUGUCCUAAAAAAAAAAAAAAAAAGAGUAUCUGAGGUCAGAUGGCCAUAAGAAGUUGUUCACUAAUCUGCAGCAGGUGCCAUUGUAGUCACUGAAACUUCUUUUCCCAAAAGACAGACAGCAAGUGUGGGGCCUAAAGCAUGAGCCUGUGGUCCCUGGUGAGGCUGAGACAGGAAGAUCACACCUAACUCACGAGGCCUGGGGAGCACUCACCUGACACGCAUGAGGCCUGGAUUCCAUUUCCAGUACUGUAAAAAGAAAAAGGGAGGGGCAAGCUUAGGCGAGAGCUCGAGCACUAACUGUAGGUGGUGCCAGACCUCAGGUGAACAGGAUGACCCAAGGGCAGGCCUGUUCCAGGUCCUGGAUUUGACACCUUUGGGUUCUGGAGUUCACACAGGGCUUGAUUGGCACUUGGCUCCUUUGUACCUUGGGGGAGAAGAAGCACAUGAGGCCAGGCCAGUCGGUGGGGCUGGGGGGGUGGGGGGAAGCUGGCACAUGACAUCAUACAUGGGGCUAUGAUGGGAGGGAAGGCUGGCACAUGACGUCAUGCAAUGCCACAGUGCAGUCCACAUGGCCACCAUUAAUAUCACAUACUUGGCACACUCCCCAGUCCCCGUUCUUUCCCAGAUUCUGUAACUUGUGCCUGGUCUAACCAUAUGGUGGUUUGAUGUAGUUUGAACCUACAGCGCUUAGGGUUUUAGUAGGGCAGGCAGAGAGCACAGGGUGUAAGGUCAGUUACACGCAGCCCGAGGAUGAAGCAACAUGGUCUAGGGACAUCACCAAGAAGUCAGUAGAGGAAAAGGAACAGUAGAGCCAAAGGAGAGGCCACAAGGUCAGGAGGGCGGGUCACUCACUUGUCGGUGACAUUAAGGGUCAAGGAGAGAGGUGCAGAAAUCUAUCAAAAAACGGAGCCACUAUGGGGCUUCCUUCUGCAAUUCACUCCCCUGUCCUCCAGAGAAAAGCACAGAAGGUAGGGUGCAGGGCAGCUACUGGGGGCCGAGGAAACAUGGGAAGGGCACGAGGGUACAAUCCCCAGGAUGGCAGUUAUCAGUCAGCUCCUAGCAAACUGCUCUCUGAGGCCUGGGGUAAAACUAUUGAGAGCGAUUUUUUAAAAUUUAACUUUAUUAUGUGCAUGGGUGUGAAGGUGUCAGAUACCCUGGAACUGGAGUUACAGUUGUGAGCUACCAUGUGGGUGCUGGGAACCGAACCCGGGUCCUCUGGAAGAGCAGCCAGUGCUCUUAACUGCUGGGCCAUCUCUCCACCCCAAGAGCAAGUCCUAAACCUAUCUAUGCCCCCACUUUUCAGAAUCCUAUGCCCUUAGUAAGAAAGGUUGAGAAAGUGCCUCUUCCGCAAUCCAGAAAGUUGAAACUCAAGUGUUUCCUGUAACCACUUGUUGCCAUUAAACAACAAAGACUUACACCUUUAAAAAAACAAACAGGCUGAUGAGCUGUGAGCAAAGGUGUCUGCCACCAAGCCUGAAGACCUGAGUUCAGGUCCCAGGACCCACACACUGGAAGGAAAUUCCCACAGCACAACCCCAUGAGUUGCCCCCCUCUGCUCUGCACACUGGCGUGCAUGCACCCACCAAUGAAUAAGAUGAAAAAAUUAGUAAAAUAAACAUGAAGGUAUCACGUGAGUGCACAGGAGUAAAACUCAGGGCUGAAGGUGGAAGCGAGUGCCUCCCCGAAGAGCUCUUGCUGCUCUUCCAGAGGACCUGGGUUCAAUUCCCAGCACCCACACCAUGACACAAUCAUUUCUUAAAGAGUCCCAGGGAAUCUCACACCCUCUUCUGUCCCCCAAGGGCACUGUAUGUACUUGGUGCACAGAUAUACAUGGAGGCAAUACGACCAUCUAUACAUAGGAAUAAAAAUAAUUUAAAGAAAUUUAGGGCUGCAAGAACCUUUGUAAGGCUAAAGUCCCUAGGAAGCUUCCCCGCUUGGUGCUGCCUGGAACAGCCCAGGGAUUCUCCAGGUAGAAGGGAACUCCCUCCACUUCAGUCUGAGACUGGGGAAGGCCAGACAGAAUUCAGUUUAUCGCAUUUCAGGAUCAGGAAAUCCCCCCCACCUCUGUGUUUCUUCCUCUCUGUCUUGAAUUAUCUGAAUCUAAGCCUGCAGACUCCCAGAUGAACGGCUCGUUGACAAUGAACUAACAGGGUUCUCAGAGAAACCUGUGCAGUCCUUACAAUUCUGUGCUGCUCUCCAAGACAUCAGGUUCCCAGGCUUCCCCCUUGUUGGGGAUGCGGCAUCUGGAUCCAGAGAAGUAACAUUUAUCAUCGACUUUUUCAGUAUUGAAAACGGACACCAGAGAACAGGGAGACAGGGCUUGGCUCCACUGCCUUGCCGGGUCCUCUGUGUUCAGCUCUUAGAGCACAGUCUACGCCUAGGAUGUAGGAGUGACAUGGGAAUGAUGCACAGCUUCUGCUUCCUGUCUUAGGAUGUGAAGGGGGACCACACCGCAGCUUCCUCCCUUCCGUCUGGGUUCUGCAGGCAGCUGCCAUCAAUCACCAUGCUCUACCUGGGAUGUGCAGGCUUCAGGGCAGAGCCCCACAGAAGGAUAAGCUAGCCCACAGAGGGGGAAUUUGCUAAGCCAGCAGCUGGAAACGAAGCACUUGUGAAAAGUGCCAACACUGACCAAGUAUCGCUGGAAGCACUUGUCUGGGUGGUGGAAAGUCCCAGGCCAGUUGUCCUCCUUACGGGUCUUUCUGAUAGGAAGUGCUGGCAGCAGCUGUGGAAAUUCUUCCAGCCUGUUAGUUUAUGAUUCUUGGUGGAGAAAAGUUUUCCCCUCCAGUUUUAAUCAUGCUCAUUUUUAAAAAAUAUAGCAAACCCACUUCUGAGUUCCACCGCCCAAUCGGGAUGAACACUCCAGAGCAGGACUGCAUACAACACGGUGGUGGCCUGGGCAUGGUGGUGGGUGUGGUUACAGAACAUGGCCUGGGCAUGGUGGUGGUGGUGGGCGUGGUCACAGGCAGUCAGCAGAGGAAGUGAUGCGGCAGACACUAACUCUAGUCCACUCUGACACUGGGUUGGUUCCCGAAGCCCACGUCACUCAGGACCACCAGCUUCACAAUUAUACAUUACAUCCCCAGACAAAAGCAAAGAGAAAGAACAAAGAGAACAGGCAGCCACCAAGGUCACCCUCCUCACUUCCCAGCACUAGCUCUGAUUAAAAACAAACAACAAAAUCCAAUGUCUUCAACACUGAUGAGGACAUCCCUCGCCGCAGGGCUAUCAAGUUUCAGAGCCUUAUAGGCAGACCUGUCGUUCCAGUGUUCUACUACACACCAGGACAUCGCAGUUUAACUGCAGGCUCAGCACUGGAGUCUUUGGGGUGAAGUGGAUCAUGAAAUUCCUUUUGACUGAGAACAGCGAGUUGCUGCAGUCAUGGGGACCAUGCGCAAUGUGGUGGAGGCUGCAGUCUCAUGUCUGCUAAUCCCAUAAAUCCUUUUCUGAUCUCAGAGGACAAGGAACUCGGGCAUCUUCUUAGCUUACUGUGUAAAUGUGCUAAAUCUGCAAGCACCAAAAAUGGACCUUAGAAUUGACUAAGUAUGCUGAAGCCCGGGCACUCAGGAGGUAUGGUUCAAGGCCAGCCUCAGAUGCAUAGCAAGUUCGAGGCCAACUUAGGCUAUGUGACUCCUUGUCUCAAAGCACCCCACAAAACGUGGUUCUACAUAUGUAAGUUGGUCUGCCUCAUUCCUGUGCAGAAAUAGAAGAGCCCCUUAUAUUUCACCUAAAUUACUCUACGGGAACUGAGAUGAACAGGCAGAGGGAAGGACGGGGAGAAAUGGAGAGGACAGAGGCUCUGGGUCAACCCUCGCCUGCCAAUAGGAAACAGAGGCUGCACUUGGGGUGUCUCACCAGCCUAAUGAGGCUGGCCAGCUGUGAAUGGGUUGCCCUCUUA